AUGUCGGUUGUUGUAGUCGAUUCCCUAAUAAGCUGUCGUCGCAAGCAAACGCGACUUGGACUUGGAAAACUACUACUCCCAGAGUCCCGUGCGAGCCGCUGUUUAAAGAUGGCCGCGACCUUACUGCAGUAUCGUGUUUGUGUGGUGCCGUCGGUGCAUAGUUUGCAGCCGGGCUACUUUAUUAAACACUUCUGCGGUGAUGGGAGAGGACAGAGAAGAGCCAGCACCGUCUGCAAACAUGCCAGAGACACAGGAUCCCUGUGUUGGAAAAGCGUGGUUGGUCUUGAAAUCCAUGCUCAAAUUAAUUCUGAGUCCAAGCUAUUUUCAAGUUCCAGAGUGCAGUUUGCUGCUCCUCCUAAUUCUACAGUUUCAUUCUUUGAUGCUUCCUUGCCGGGUACACUGCCUGUCAUUAACAGAAGAUGUAUUGAAGCAGCUGUGAUGACAGGCCUGGCUUUGAACUGCACUAUAAAUAAAAGGUCUCUGUUUGAUCGGAAGCACUAUUUCUAUGCAGACCUCCCUGCUGGUUAUCAAAUUACUCAACAAAGGCUUCCAAUCGCUGUUAAUGGAAACCUGACAUACCGCCAUCAAGUAGGAACCAAGUGGGAUCAGAUGGUAACCAAAAGUGUCAGAAUCAAGCAGGUCCAGUUGGAACAGGACAGUGGCAAAAGUCUACAUGAUGACAUAAGGCGACAGACCCUCAUUGACUUGAAUAGAGCUGGGGUUGGCCUUAUGGAAAUUGUCAUGGAACCUGACAUGAAUUGUGGAGAAGAGGCUGCUGCUGCUGUGAGAGAACUUCAACUUAUUUUGCAAGCCCUUGGAACAAGCUAUGCAAACAUGUCAGAGGGUCAAAUGAGAGUUGAUGCAAACAUUUCAGUUCACCAACCAGGAGAGCCAUUUGGAGUGAGAACUGAAAUUAAGAACCUCAAUAGCGCCCGUUUCCUGUCCAAAGCAAUAGAUUAUGAAAUUCAAAGGCAAAUCAACAUACUUGACAAUGGAGGAACAAUUCUGAAUGAAACCAGAUCAUUUGAUCAUAAACUUGGGUCCACCAUACCAAUGAGAGAUAAAGAAGGAAAACAAGAUUACCGCUUUAUGCCGGAACCAAACCUUCCUCCUCUAAUACUUUAUGAUUCAAACUCAUUGCCUCCUGCUAACGUGGGUCCUGAACAAGUUGUUAACAUUGACUUGAUUAAGAAAAAGAUGCCAGAACUCCCCAGUGUCAUCCGUGAAAGGGUUGUUGAGCAAUAUGGAAUAUUACCAGAGCACAGUUAUACCUUGGUGAAUGAGGAUGGAUUACAAGACUACUUUCAGACUGUGGUGAAAUUGACCAACAUUGACCCUAAGAAGAUGAUUGGAUGGAUAAUAAAGGAUUUGCUUAGUCACUUGAGACUUCACAAUCUUACUGUCCAACAGAGCCCAGUCAAAGCAGUGUCAUUAGCUGAACUUCUGACCCUUUUAGAGAAUGGGGACAUCUCCUCUUCAGCUGCUAAACAGGUGUUCCAGGAGCUCUGCAAGGGCGAAGAAAAGACUCCAGCACAGAUUGUUGAGGAGAAAAAUCUUGGGAUUCUCAAGGACAGAGCACGACUUGAAGAAAUCUGCCAAGGAAUCAUAGACAGUAACAAGACAGAGGUUGCUGCAAUAAGACAAGGAAACCUUAAAGUUGUGAAUAAACUGAUUGGCUUAGUCCAGAAGACUACAAAGGGUCGGGCAGACCCUGUCCUCGUAAAAACAAUACUUGAACAGAAAGUGCUGUCAUAGCUUUCAAGACUUCAUUGUUAUUAUUUUUUUUGUCUCAACGCCAUGCCGUUUUAGUGGAUUCUGUUUUGACAACCUGCUGGAAUAUUUAUCAGUGACUGUAUUUCCUCUUUAUUGAUUAUAUGUUGGAAAUGGUCCCUUUUGUACAUAGAAAUCUAUGAAAAAAAAUUAUAUUGACCAUUAUUAUCAUAUUGCCUCAUUUGUAUGGAAUUUUACUUUAUUCAGACAACACUUUCUUUUUCUCGCCAUGGCUAUGUGAUUGUGGCUAGUAUUGGCACUUGCACAGAGCCUACAAUUACAGAGGGGGUGCACCAAAACCUACACAUGUACAGUGGCUGUGAUUUUACAUUUCCUUAAAAAAAAUUCAGUAGAAAAAAUAAGUAUUUUUUUUUAUUUGAACUUUUGAUGCUGUAUUUUGUGAUGUAGUUUAGCAUUAAAGUGGGUAUUAUUUUAUUUGGUCCCAAUAAACUACUUAUGGAAAUGCUAA